ACGGACGUAGUUGAAAUGAACGUGAGAACGGAGAAAAGCGAAUAAUAAAUGUAGUCCGAAACUUUUCUUAUCUCCUGUCUUUCCCUCUCUUUCUUUCUGACUCUCGGUCUCAUUCUUACUACACUUAUCACGAGCUUGUCAAAUAUUGAAAUCUUAUCAACUGGAAACAACUUUGCAAAAGUUUUUGUUAACAGAAAAAAAGGAAAAGUUUCUUCAAUUUCAUUGUGUAUUUUUGUGUCGCGACAUUUAAUAUGUAAUACUGUAUUUUAUUUGGAAUAUUAAGCGUAACUUGCAUAUAAUUAAUACAAGUGUUGGAUCAAAAUAAAAGAGAGGGAGAGAACUACAAGUGGAGAAUUGCCCAGAGAGUACUGAGAACUAUACCGAAAAUAGUUAAGAGUUAAAGAAAAACUUACAAAGAUGCCGCUAUUUGCCCGUAAAUCUUCGAAGAAUGCAUCGGAUCAUAGCGAUAUAAGCCAAGAGAGCAAACGAUCUUCAAUGAGCAGCGGUCCAACAUUGCACAACAACAACAGCAAUCAUAGUAAUAACAAUAACAACAACAAUGAACUGGAUAAGAAGCCUCCACUGAUCUUUCACUGCCAGCUGGCACAUGGAAGUCCAACGGGUUUGAUAACAGGAUUUGCCAGCGUUCGUGAGCUCUACAAGAAGAUUGCCGAAUGCUUUGAUAUGUCCGAGGAUGAUAUACUCUUUUGUACCCUCAACUCGCAUAAGGUGGACAUGACCCGUCUACUUGGUGGACAAAUUGGCUUGGACGAUUUCAUAUUUGCCCAUCGCAAAGGUCGACCCAAGGAAAUUGAGAUUGUGAAGACACAGGAUGCAUUGGGAUUGACCAUCACAGAUAACGGGGCCGGCUAUGCGUUCAUCAAGCGCAUCAAGGAGGAUUCAAUUAUUGAUCGAAUCGAGCAUAUUGCCGUGGGGGAUCAUAUCGAGAAGCUGAAUGGCUUAAAUAUGGUGGGCAAGCGUCAUUAUGAGGUGGCGCGUAUGCUGAAAGACAUUGCCACGGGAGAGACGUUCACGUUGCGUUUGGUUGAGCCCAUUCGCAGUGGUUUCCAGGGUAUUGGACCGCGCAGUCAAUCACGUGCCUCCUCAUCCGGCGGCGGCGGCAAUGCUGGUCGCAAUUAUGGCAGCGGUAAGGAGACGCUGCGCUUUAAGGCCAAUGGCAAUGCACAGAUUGAGCCCAAAUUCGAUGAGGCCACAUCGGCGGGCGUUGAGGCAAUCAAUAAUCUUCUUGAGUCGUUUAUGGGCAUCAAUGAUACGGAAUUGGCAUCACAGAUUUGGGAUCUGGGUGACAACAAGUCCAAUUCCAUGGACUUUGCUGAGGCCAUUGAUAAUUCCGAUUUGGAGUCUUUCGGUUUCACCGAUGAUUUCAUUAUCGAACUGUGGGGUGCUAUUACGGAUGCGCGUCGCAAGAGCAAAUAGAAACUAGAAUCCUAACCUUAUCAUAUCCAUAUGCUUGCAUUUCCGUUAGGGUUCUCUUUAUAAGCUAGUAAAACGCUUAACUAAUGCAACAAGAAAAAUCAAUAAAAAAAAAGAGGAAAAGAAAUCAUUACUU